UGUUGGAAAGCAGCGCUCCUCAACCAUCCGCUGCUACUGACCAGGUGGAUCUAUCUCACAUCAGCCCGAGACCACAACACCAGACUUCCUUAAGACAUUUUUGUUGUUUUUUUGUAUUUGCGACUUUUUCUGUCGGUUUGGUUACGACCCAGCUUGUGAAACUCCGACAGAAGGAGACCGAGAGCAGGUGUCAAAGUGUCAGAAAGCAGAAAAAAUGGGAAGAAAGAAAAUACAAAUUUCUCGUAUUGUGGACCAGAGGAACAGACAGGUGACUUUCACCAAGCGUAAGUUUGGUUUGAUGAAGAAGGCGUACGAGCUGAGCGUGCUGUGUGACUGUGAGAUCGCCCUCAUCAUCUUCAACAGCACCAACCGUCUGUUCCAGUACGCCAGCACAGACAUGGACAAAGUGUUGCUGAAGUACACAGAGUACAGCGAGCCACAUGAGAGUCGCACCAACACGGACAUACUGGAGACUCUGCGUAGGAAAGGCCUCAAUCUCGACGGCUCUGAGCUGGACUGUGAGGAGGGCAUGCAGGUGGCUGCGGACAAAUAUCCUCAUAGCGAGGGCAUGGAUCUCUCUGUGGCUCGCCAACGCUUCUAUGCUCCAUCGCUCCACUCACCGGACGCCCAGUUCCUGGUGUCUGCAGGCUGUGAGAACGGCUUCCCCAACUCCUCCGGAUCCAACGUGGCGUCCCACAGACCUCCAGGCUUUAAAUCUCUGAGCUCCAGACCCGGCUCUUCCAGCCCUUCUGCACAACACGCACACACUGCGUUCAUGUCUCCACACUCAGGUAUCGGCUACUCCGUGUUCUCCCACGGCAACCUGAAUCGAGCUCUGGAGAUGAAAAGCCCUCCUUCUCUGAACCUGGGCAACGAGACCCUGCGAGGAGAGGCUGCUCAACAGGCCAUUGGGGCCACACGCGCUAACCACAACUCUGCUCGGGGUGUCUUGUACCAGGGCCUGCACAGCAGCAGCUCCAUGGUUGCCAUGGGCAAGGCCGGGCUGCUGGGUCACAGUUUGGGAGGCUACGGCCUCCCCUCUCCUGGAGCCUCUGAGUACAGCCCACCUGGUUUUUAUCACUCUGUUAGUCUGCAACGAGGGACAAUGCACCCCUGGCAGCCAGCACAUCUGCCCCAGGAGCCCCAUGGGCCUCAUAUAAACCCAGGGAUGUCCAGUGGGGGGUGCUCCUUCCCCUCUCAGUCUUGCUCCUCAGCUUCUCCACAUGUGCCCUCCCUCAACCUCAGCAUCAAAUUGGAGCGGAACUCUCCUGAUCACAUGCCCUCGCCCACCUCCCCUGCUCUACACCACCUCGGGCAGCACUCCCCCAUGAGCCACCCGGAUUCGGCCCGCCGGACUCCUCCACAAGCCCGUCCAGCCAAACCCGGCUACCCACAAGACGAAGAGGACGGAGGGCCGCCGCUCAGGCAGUUAGAGAUAAGUGAUGGGUGGCAGAGAUAGCUGGCUGCUGCCGUCUAACACACACCCUCUCCCAUUCAAUCAGCUAUCUAUCUUACAUCAAAACCGGUCCUCUCUGUCUCCCACACACACACAAACACACACACACACACACACACCCACACACACAGAAGAUAGUAAGAUGGGGUCAAUUUGUCCCCAUCAUCUCAGAGAGGAAUGCCUGUCUUUGUCGCCUCACACGGAGCUGGUCUCUCCUGGGCGAUGGAGAAGGAUCUCUGCAUCACUUGAUCGAUCCCUUGACGAGACAGAUGCAUACAGACGUUUGAUUUUUGUUUGGUUAGGUUAAGGUUUCUGUGUGGAGCUAAUGUGAAUCAAAAAUACAAUUUUACCAUGUUUUGGUGACUUUGUUGACGGUAGCACAUCGGGACCAGCUGAAUUUCUCCAAAGCUGUCAAACCGUCCAAGUACAUAUUUGAGUCGUCAUUGUUUCACUGAGGUUUGGUGUGAAAAUUGGGAAAU